AUGUACUCUCUGAACUUCAGCAAGCCCUUUGAUAAAACGACAAAUAUUACCAACCUGAUCGUUACCAAGUCGAAAGCUGCAGGGGGGUCCGGGAACGUCAACAGCUUUGCGCCCAACACCAUCGACGGCGCGCUCCUUCACAACGACGCAGAAUUCUUUCUGUAUGGGGGCGUCCUCUCCAAGCGUACAGAUGCCUACGGCCCUCCACCCGCCGACAAGGUAAUGGCAUGGCGUAUGCAUGCCUACGGCCCAGAAAAACCCUCUUUUCAGAAUGGCAGCAGCGACAUGGUCACUCUAGAAAACGAGGUGACGCGGUAUAUCGCCCACGGAGGAGCUGCCAGCGCCCCCUCGGAGAACAAGGCUUGGUACGCAGGUGGCAUGCGCUCGCCUCUCUGGGGUGAAAUGUACAUGAGCAACACGAACCGCUCGUUGAACGCCGUCAAUACUUCGAAUACCCUCAUCACUCUCGACAUGUUGGAACAAUUGUUCGAAAAAUUCUCGAACCAGUCGUUGCCGACCCAAAUCAAGGCCAGGGCAAACCUCGAGGUCGUUUGGGUUCCUGUUGGAGCUGAAGGCAUUCUCGUCGUUCUGGGGGGCGUCACGUACCCCGAGUAUGUCAACUCCAGCCACAAGUCCGAUGAUGCUUUCAAGAGUCAACAAGAGAGCCCUUCGUUCAUGGAGACCAUUGAUAUCUACGACGUCGCCGGUGACAAGUGGUAUCAGCAGAAGACCGAGGGGACAAAACCUCCAGCCCUUGCCCGAGGCUGUGCCGUUCUCGCUCCGGCGCAAGAUUACUCGAGCUUCAACAUAUACUACUAUGGAGGAUAUGAUGGCAUCCACGCCCAGGAAGACUUCAGCGACGAUAUCUGGGUCCUUUCUAUACCUUCCUUCCAGUGGAUCAAGCUGUACGAGGGGAAAGCCCUUCAUGCGCGCGCUGGCCAUCAAUGUGUGAUGCCCUACCCCGACCAGAUGAUGGUCGUUGGCGGUUACACGGCGAUGCCUGGGAAAGGAUCGCCUCCAUGCCUCGAGGGAGGGAUCAUCCAAUUGUUCAACCUCUCAAGCGCAGAGUGGCUUGACGGGUACAGCCCAAGUAAAUGGUCAAACUACACCAUCCCCGCCGCUGUCGUCAGCAAGAUCGGAGGCGACGAAAAAGGGACAGCGACUAGGACAAAACCCGAGGGGCCCGGAUGGGCAGACCCAAACCUGGAGUCCAUCUUCGCGAAGCCGUAUGAGACUUCGAAGAUCAAGACGUGGUAUCCAUAUACCGAGUCGAAGGAAAUUGCCCGCCCCAAUGUCCCAACUGGUGGAGACGAUGGAGGCGGCGGCGGCGGAACCCCCGAGUGGCUCGCCCCCGUUCUCAGCGUCGUCCUCGGUCUCGUCUUCAUCACCGCCAUGCUCGUUGGCUGGUGCCUCUGGCGCCGCCGGAGGGUCCUCAGACGCGGCAACGGGGCCGCGACCCAGACGGACGACAACGGCUCUCGCAUUAUCUCCUGGAUGAGGGGUCAACCAAGUGGACCGGCUAAGGCGCCCACCGUCACGACCGAAGAGGCGCCUUCUACUCGAGAUAUGUCUGAAGUCCGCACACCACUUCAGUUGCGGGCUGCAUCACCCGUGCCAUAUUACUUUGCACAUGAGGUGGCCGAUAAUCAAAUUGUCGAGCUUCCAGAUACUUCGCCACGUCCCGAGCUUCACGGGAUCGGUCUGACUCCCGUCGAAAUCAUCAACAAACACACCCAUUUCGGCACCGGUGCCGGCUCCAGCUCCAACCCCGCCACCACCCACCAGUCAUCCUACUACGCCUCCGUCUCCAGCAACGAGAACGCCUCAUCCCUCUCCCGUUCUUCCGGAGUCCUCGGUGACCAUACCCGCGCUCAGUCUCCCGACCCGGGCCCGCCAUCACCGCCGCCGCCCACCCGCCUGCGGACCGCAUUGGGUCCAACGUCUGGGGCCCCAGCGACCACGACGUGCGGCAUCUGA